AUCAAUGUCAUUUGGACGACCACCAUCUCUCGACCUCGGCUUCAAGCCUACACCUCCCCAGCGUGGAUCUUUUCCUUUGGAUCACUAUGGGGAAUGUAAGGAGAAGAUGGUUCUUUAUAUGCAAUGCUUAAAGAGCAAUGGUAGCAAGUCCACACCUUGCCGGGAUUUGACUAAGGAUUACUUGAAUUGUCGGAUGGAUAAGGGACUAAUGGACCGAGACGAUUGGAAAAAUCUUGGAUUGCCGAACACCAAGACAGACAGACAUCCUUCGACAGAGAGUUCUGAUCCCGUAUCUAAUAAAUGACGCAUCUUCAUGUUUAACAGCUGAAUAUCUCAAUGCUCGGAAUUCUGACUCAUUGAUAGAGUACGCUCGGAAUUUUACAUUCUCAUCAUUGCUUGUCCCGCAAGGCUAGGC